AUGGGAUCCAAUACUUCAUCCACAGUUAAUCAAACCUCGCAAAAAGUCAGAGAUGUCCUCCUCCAUAGUCCUGUCAAUAAGAAGAAUAGAGUUACCAACUCUUCUGCUAGUGCUCAAAUGAGUAGGUCCUCUCCAACACUCACAUUGGAAGGAAGAGUGCUGAAACCAUGUUUAAAGAAGAAUACAAACUUGAUACAGAAUGCCUCACUUCCAGUCAUUUCCUCUCCAUCCAACAAUAACAGAAAGGCACUCUAUAAGAGUGUCAGUUCUGACAAUUUCACCACCAAUGAUGAAACAAUGACUGCACCAGCUGUUGAUAUUGAAUGUGAAUCGACAUGUUCUUCAUCCUCCUCUUCAAGCUCUGAUGAGCAACAAGUUAAAACAGCAUUGAACACUGUUGCCAAUGCCCAACAGCUAAAUAUGAAUCCAACAGAUAUUACCAAAUCAGGUCCGCCCAAUUCCUCAAUUUCCUCUUCUCAUGCCAAUAGAAAACAGCUCCAAUUAGCUCCAAUUAUUCUCUCGCCUUCAAAUUCCUCAUCUUCCUCCUCUCCUAGCCAAAGAGUUCAGUUUGCUGAUACAAGACGUUCUGGAUCAUUCUCCUCACUCACCUAUACAAAUUAUAUGAAUUCCAUGGAUUCAAAGUUGAGAAACUCUCCAUCCUCUUCACCAGCCAAUUCUCCAAGAAGAUUUUCUAGUUCUUCAGCUCCUUCUAAUUCUCCUCGUUCUGCAACUUCAACAAGCAUCAGCAGUGGAAGAAAGAAGUUAACAAUUAGUACUCCUUCUUCACCUUCAAGCUCUUCUUCAUCUAACGGUUCUCCUACUCAUCAUGUGAGUAAUGUAAAGUUUCAAUCAACAUCCAAUUCAUCUUCUCCUUCAACACCAUCCUCUAGACCAAUGUCCCUUUUUGAAAUGUAUAACAACUGCAAUAGUAAUUCACCUAAAUCUCCAUCAAGAAGUGACUCUUUCAGAACACACAAGGAUUUCAGUUCGAGCAAAUCCGAUUCAAAGAGCAUGAAGAAUCUUUAUGCCUCAAGAUUUGGUUCGAUAUUCAAUCCUUCUCUCAAUACUGCUAUUCAAAUUCCAUUGUUGAGUGUUACUCAGCCAGACGCUCCACCUUCCUAUGUUUAUUAUCCAAAGACUAAUAGAUCAACUCAAUACUUGGAUGUUCGAUAA